CGAACUUUUACUCCGGGGGUACGGCGCGGACUGUCGUCUCUCGCUCACUUCAGUUGUUGUGUGUCUUUCGUACAGUGACAGUUGUGUGUUGCUAACUGGCAAAAAAUAAGGUAUAACGAACCAUUUGAGUUGAUAUAUUGAGAGACAUUAUAAAAGAGAGUUUUGUACACUAAAGCGAAAGAAUACAAAAAAACCGCGAUAGACACUUCUACAUAAACAAUGUUUUCCAACAAAUACGACUAUCUGUAAGAUCACCGAUUGUUUUCACUACAUAACUUACAAAAAUUUCCUAACCUAAACUAUCCCGGAUCACAUGCUAAAAUGCAACUCCAUCGGGAGAUUGUGGUGCGAUGGAUUUUAUCUCGUUGAGUGAUUUUCCCCAAAAAUAAAGUUCAGCGUGACUAUAAGAAAAAAAAACAAGUGAGGUUUUUAUGUUGCAUUGUCCACGAGAAUUUGGAUGCUAAAAGAGACACUCACCGGGGCCAAAGAGACCAUUUGGAUACCACCGAGGCACACACUCUCUGUCCUGGAACAUAUGCCGGUGGAUUUUCAUCCCAUAUAGGAACGUAACCAAAGCAUUAAAAUUAAAUUCUCUUUCUAAUAAAAAAAACCACAUAGUGUAUAAAAAAGAAUUACGCGGUAAUUACCCCUAACUUAUUUUAUUUAUUCACUAAUUUAUAUCUCUAAUAAUAAAACACAAUUAAAUCUUUUGAAAUUUCUAAUAAAAAAAAUAAAUAAAUAAGGAACCUUUUUUUCUAAUUGACAUUCUCAAGUGAACUUAAUCAUUCAAUUUAUUUCUCUCAAUAAUAAUUUUCGGUGUGACAAAGAAGAAGGGAAAAUCGCAAAAGUCUGAUUUGAAACCAAAAAAAUAAAAAAUAAAUUUUACACCAUUUUCUGCGAGAAAGAGGACAAUAAAAUUUCCACGCAAUAAUAUUUUCGAUGUAUAGAAAAAAAGUAGAACGGUGGAGAAAGCACAAAAUAUUGAUUUCAUAUCACACACAACAUUUUCCAAUGGUUCAAUUUUCAGUAUUAAAAUUGGUUUGAGAGGGAAAACAGGAGGAAAAAAAAAUAUUUUCUACAUACAACAACAAAAAAAUCACAAAAACACACACAAAAAAGUAACUCAAGUGUCCGAUAAAUCAGUACAAAAGAAAAUAUUUACAAAAUAGGAAAAAAGUGUUCAAAUGUAAAAAUUUUUUACAAGAUAAAAUAGUAAAAUAAUUGACAUAAACAAAAAUCAAUACAAAAUCAAUUCAUGUGCCCAUAAAGUAAUCGUAACAAAAAAAAAACAAGAAGUAGAGUUUAUAUUGAAAGUUACCUCUAAUAAACCAAAUUGAAAAAAAAGCGAUAUUUUAAAAGAAAACGUGAGCAAAUCAACAAAUAACCAAAAAAAACAGAAAAUUUAUAAAUUUAAAUAAAAACCGAAUGCCCUUUCUAAACUCAAGAAAUUUUAAUAAACUAGUGUGAAAAGUGAUUUAUUAUUUUUUUUUUAAACUGCUGAGGACGUAACCUCCCUCUCGACAGCAAAAGUAUAGUUCGCAACCAAAAAAAUAAAUAAAAGAAAAAUUUUUUUGUGAGUGCCAGUUUUGAUCACAAGAAAAUUAUAUAAUCUCUCUACCUCGAUCGCAAACUUUAGAGACACUGGAGUACAAAUUUUUGUGUUAGUGUGUAGAGUUAUCUCGAAGAGUGUGAGUGUAAAUUGGUGACGAAAUUAUAAAGCUAAAAAAAAAUAAAGAAAUAAUUAAAUUAACGAACGAUCUCCGAUGUGGCGCGAAAAUGUCGUCUAGACGCGAUCGCGAUGUAGCAUGGCAUCCAUGAUGAGCGCUACGACUGCAGACGACGCCGAUCAUAGUUUGCCCUCAUUCACAAACUUCUCCAACGACCUAGAUCCCAACUCAUGGGAAUACUACGAGCGUGGUGAUCGCACGAUCAACACGGACGUCAUUGGUUCCCAGCAAGCCAGCAACUAUACGCGGCCCUGGGAGAUGGACUCCAAGGAUAAAGGGUUCGAGCCCUUCUCGAAGCUCCCAUCUUUCCAGAGUCAAUUUCACACGUACUCGGACCCACCACUGGUGCCCGAACCUAGCCUACCACAGCCCGUGCCGGUGCCCGUUUCACCCACAUCCGCAUCCCCCGGCAAUGGCUCUCUCACACAACUCACCCCCAUUAACCCCCUUCAGACGGGACUAACUACUCUUCCUAGUCCUAGCUUCCAUACACUAACAGCUGUCAAUACACGCACCUACCCCCUUGUGCCAGCACCUAUCCAAGCUAGGGAUAUACCAACAAUUCAGCAGCAGUACCUCGAUGAGCGUCACAUUCAACUCUAUCAGCCCAUUGCGACGUUUCCCAGUCAAAAUGUCGUGACAGUGCUGAAGAAUGAGCCUGCAAAUUUUGACCUGAAGAAUGGGCUACAUCACAGCAACUUCCAGAAUCCACUUCUUGACAAUGGGUUCGAAAGCACUAAAGGUACUCCCGGAACAAAGACAUCCUCACCCACACGGUGUGAUGUGAGGAAGAAAGAGCGCAGAAAAAUUCGCGCUAGUUCCCUGGAGUCCAGUGCUGAGUCCGAGAGCAGUGCAAUGGAACUGGGGGAUGUUAAUUCCGGGCAAGUGGCUGCUGUGUCCAGUACAGCUAGUUUCAAGAGCCCAAUGGGUUCCAUGGGUAUGGUGGAUGGUAGUGAGGACACAAAUGAGAAGCAGACCAAGAAGAAGCGGAAGAGGUGCGGAGAGUGCAUUGGGUGCCAGAGAAAGGACAACUGUGGUGACUGUGCUCCCUGCAGGAACGAUAAGAGCCAUCAAAUUUGCAAGCAGCGUCGUUGCGAAAAGUUAACGGACAAAAAGCUCAUCUACGGCGCAGAUGGGACCCUCAUUAGGGGCGAAUCCAGACGUGGUCGCGGCAAGGGACGAGGUGGAGGCGUCAACCGAUCGAGUGUUCGUGGUCGGAAAUCUCUGAAAUUCGGAGCAGUCAUAUCGCCACGACCACAGCCACCAACAUCAUCCAUUAGUCCAGCUCCGGCCGCAGUUCCGCAGCCAUCACCCAAUACAACAACUGCAUCCACGACGAAUCAGCUCGUGGUGGUGUCAGGAGGAAGUGCAGGAAGUGGCGUUGUGAAUCCACCCAUUGUUGCCCAGGCGCAGCAUAGUCAGCAGAACCAACAGUCACAGCAGCAGGCAGUGUCCGGUGGAGGAACCACAGUACAAACCAUGAAGGAUCAACCACAGCAGCCAAUGGCUCCAAUGGCCUUCUACCCAACUUGGCAAGCGGACCCCUCGCAGGGAUGGCAAAAUCAAUUUAUUCAGCAAAUACCACAGAAUAGCCCAGCAAUAACACCGCUCAAUACCAUUGAGUUUCAACCACAGAGCUACACGUAUCAGCCGAAUGGAUACGUGCAGACGGGUAUUGGCUUCGAUCCCAGCUAUGGCAGAACCUACGCCACUCCCGUGCAGCGAUAUGAAUUCCAGGCAAAUCAAAUAGCUCCGAUAAAUCAAGUAUCGCUUCAGAGUGUCAGCUUUGCCCCAAGUGUAACGUAUGCUGGGCAGGUAUCGGCAGGACCGAGCCCAGUACUGCUGGCCAGUCCACAUCCAACGCAGAAUGCAGUGGACAAGGCGUCGGGAAACGAACUGCCUGGAUAUCCGCGGGUGAACAGCGUGCCGCCGCGCUCACUCAACUGUAACGGGUAUUCAGGCGAUUUUGGCGGCAGCAGCUCAUCCCAGAAUCCCAGCAGCCAAUCCACUGGGCAGAUGCAGCAGCAGCAGCAACAUUUUGCCCAGCAGAGUAGCUCCUCCACCGCCAUGCAUCCUCCGCAAGUGCCACAGUCGCCGAACCGCAAUCAGAUGAUGCCACACAAUUCCCCAUCGGGCGCAGUACCGCAAUCGCCCAAUCAUCACAUGGGCUACACACAGCACCCUGGUAUGAGUCCUGCCAUGCAGCAAUCCCCAAAUCAAUCCAAUGGGAAUUCCCUGAGUACAAUGUCCCCAAAUAAUAUGAAUCAGUCGCAUCAGCAGAAUGACUGGGGCUGGAGUAGCCCGGCUAAUCCGCCCGGAAAUGAGAUGUUCAACCAAUCGGAUCGCGUGAAUCUCAAUACGCGACUCAAAACGAUGAUCCUCAGCAAGGGUGAUGGCAAGGAUGGCAGCCAGUCGAGUAUGCAGCCACCGAGUAGUGGGGCGAAUACGGGUGCCAAUGGUAGCCAGCAAACAUCCUCCCAGACCGGUCAUUUUUUAUCGUAUAGCCACCAUCUCCGAGAGAACGUUAGUCUAACUGACGGCAACAGGUGUCCGCCAGCGGAACCUGUCGGGGGUGGUGGCGAAACGUGCUGGAAAACACCAAAAACGGAGGAUUUCCAGCGACAGGAUGCACUACAUGCGACUCCCUAUGCGGGAUCAUCGAGUAUUGAGAAGAAUUUGGGAGAUCCCGGAGGAGGAGGAGGAGGUGGUGGUGGCACAACCACCAUUGAGGAUCCCCUGAAAGCAGCAACAAAAGCAUCAAGCAGGAAGAAGGAAGAAAAGGCACGCAGAGAUUAUCCAAAUUAUCCAAAUUACGGAGAUUUAGGCUACUCCCAGAUACGCUCAGAAGGUAGUUCAUUCUACACCCCAUCAAUGUUUGAUGGCACCCAUGGGGCAUUCCAUCAACCCACCGGGGGUAGUGUGCGACCAAAGGAGAAGCCCAUUAAGCAAGAACCAUCGGACACAUACCAAAAUCCACCGCAUCAAGUGAAGCAAGAGGGAUACGAGAGGAAUUAUCAGAAUUUCAUCAAAUACGCCGACUACUGCGAUGUUCAGCAGAAGCAACCUGGGCAGGAGUAUGCAGGCUACUCACAACCCUACUACACCCCCGAUCCACUAUUCCCAACACCAACUUAUCCCAACUACCCCAACUACCAUCAUCCGCAGAAUCCUUCAACGGAUUCAUUCCCAGCAAUGAAUUUUCCCGCGCCACCAUCUGAGGUGGAAAAGAACGAACUGCCGGCUCAGACGAAUUUUGAAAAGGAAAUUCCCGCUCAUACCUACCAUAUCCCUACGAGGACACACAUUGAUUCCCACCCGCACUGUAGUCCGGAAAAUGUGGAUACACAGAAACUUGCUGGAUACCCUUUCCUCGGGGAAGGUGGACCGGUUGCCAUUAAGGAUCCGUCCGGAUUUUCAUGCUGUCGCAAAGGGAGUACAGCUGUACCCACAUCUGAGCAUCUCAAGGACGGAUCUUGCGGUGGGCUGCAGACAAAGGAUGAGAUUAUCCUGGAAGGUGAGGAAAAGGAGGAAGAGGCACAGGAAGCAGUUAAGGAAGAAAUUCCCACAACCCCAGUGGACAGGACGGAGAAGAAUACAAAACCCGAAGUGCCUGACUGUGAUUGUUUCCCAUCGGAUAAGACACCCCCGGAACCCGGAAGCUACUACACGCAUCUCGGAGCAGCGGCCACGUUGACAGACCUCCGGAGUGACAUGGAGGCACGUAUUGGCGUAUCGGGACGACAACUUCGGAUUGAGAAGAUAAUCUACACGGGGAAGGAGGGGAAGACAAGUCAGGGCUGCCCAUUGGCAAAAUGGAUAAUCCGUCGUGCUGAUCCGGAAGAGAAGAUCCUGUGUGUUGUUAAAAGGAGACAGGGGCAUCGGUGUAAGGCGUCCUUUAUCGUGGUGUGCAUCGUAGCUUGGGACGGAAUACCCACCCAUGAGGCAGACAGCGUGUACAAAAUGUUGAUUCAUAAGCUCAAUAAAUUCGGAUUACCCACAACGAGGCGCUGUGCCACAAAUGAGAAUCGAACAUGUGCUUGUCAAGGACUCGAUCCUGAAACUUGUGGAGCCUCGUACAGCUUUGGUUGCUCGUGGUCAAUGUACUACAACGGAUGCAAAUAUGCCAGAUCAAAGACAGUACGAAAGUUUCGCUUGUCCGUAAAGACGGAGGAAGCUGAAAUUGAGGAAAGGAUGAAUAUCCUUGCCACAAUGCUUGGGCCCCUCUAUGUUACAGCAACACCCAAAGCUUUUGAAAAUCAAUGCAAGUACGAAAGGGAAGCACCUGACUGUCGAUUGGGAUUGAAGCCAGGAAAACCAUUUUCUGGCGUAACAGCAUGCAUGGAUUUCUGUGCUCAUGCCCAUCGAGAUCUUCACAAUAUGCAAGAUGGAUGUACCGUCCAGGUGGCAUUGCUGAAGCAGCGACCACCAGGAACUCAUCUGUCCAAUGUUGACGAUGAGCAGCUUCACGUUUUGCCGCUGUACGUGAUGGAUACAACAGAUGAAUUUGGGAGUGCCGAUGGGCAGAAGGAUAAGAAUAAAACUGGAGCUGUUCAGGUCCUCGAAAAAUUCCCUUGCGAAGUAAGAAUCCGUUCAACACCGCUACAACCGUGUCGGAGGCAUGGGAAGAAGCGGAGUGGAAAGGAUGCAGGACCAGAGGAACCUGAACCACCAGCACCGCCAAUUCCUCAUGGGGGUGCACCCGUUGCAGUGGCUAAGAAAGAUGGCGGUGGGAAGGUGGCCAAAGGAAAGGGGGCAAUAGAGAAAGGCGGUGGGAAGAAUGGGCCUCCUCUGUCGCAAUCCCCACGUUCAUCCACCCCAGUUAAUGGGGCAACAGCACCCAGUGGGAGUAGUAGUGCUUUCUCAGCACCCGUAAAUGCCAUGAUGAACUCCAAUAGCAGCCUCCUCAACAUGGCCACAAUGAUUGACAACUUCACCGAUGCCCAAUUGCAGAGUAAUCAAAUUUCCAGCACAGUCCUCGACUCACCCUACUCGUAUGACUACAAUUCCGGAUCCUACAUCGAUUCACGCAACUACUACGGUCAGUGGCCAGAAUAUGGGGCCUACAGUGAUAGGAAUGAGCACGUAAAGAGUCGCGGAAGUGAGGAGAAUCCCGACUCAACGACACUACCCAGCUCUGGGUCGUCUGCCUUCAGUCCCAGCGUCCCAACUGAACCCAAAGCACCCACUUGUGCUAUGGAGGAGUACAAAGAGACGGGAUUUAUCAAGCCAAAGGCACCUGAGUACCCACCAUCGUACGGAUAUCCCCAUCAUCCCAAUACCUACUCAAUGUAUCCACCCUAUUCGCCCUACGAUCACUACCAGAACAUGGACUACUACGGCAAUGAGAAGCUGAGGUACAACUUUGGAUAUCCACAGACACCCUAUCAUCACUACAACAUGUACCCAAAUGCCGGUCCAGCUCCUCCGCCACCAGCACCCCCAUCAGCUCCCAAUUGGUGCAUGUAUCCCCCGCAAGCAUCAACAGCACUCGCCCCACCGCCAAUGAUGAUGCCCCCAAAGGCAGAAAUCGUCCCAAAAGCCGAACCAAUUGGCGAAGUGGCGGAGGUGAAUGAUAACAUUGAGUGCUUCCAGGAUUCCCAAAUGGGUGGUGUGGCCAUUGCCUUGGGGCAUGGGAGUGUCCUCUUUGAGUGCGCUAAGCACGAAAUGCACGCCACGACAUCCCUAAGACGUCCCAAUCGUCUCAAUCCAACGCGCAUCACGCUGAUCUUCUACCAGCAUCGCAAUCUCAACCGUCCCAAGCACGGCACUGAGGAAUGGGAAGAGAAGAUGCGACAGAAGAAGCAGAAUGCUGCCGAAGAGGCACGAAUUGCCGAAGGUGGAGUUGCCGUGAAGCAGGAACCACUAGAACCGCGGGAACAAUCGUCAAAAGGUGGUGGUGGGGAGCAGCAGAGUAGUGAAGGGGAAGGCGGGAAGGGAGGGCGCAAAGGGUCAAAAGCCAAAGUUGCCAUGAGAGCACCCACCCUCACAACUACAUCCUGGACAACCCAAUUCCCCAUGCAUCCGUGCGUCGUAACAGGACCCUAUCAGGAGGCUGGUACGGCAACAACAACCGUGGCUGGUCCCACGUCGGCCACCACUUGAUCAAUCGAGAACUUUGAGAAGCUCAUUGAGGCUUUCUGAACAACCCAAUUGAUGCCUGAAGUACAAAAAAAAAUUAAUAAAAGAGAAAAAAUUCGAGAUUUUGUCCGAAAUCUUGCCACGCAGGACAUUUUCUGCGUCCUUCUUCCUGUUUUUUUUUUUUUUAACUACCUAUAUAUAAUAUUAAUUGAACUUUUGCUUGAAAGGGAUCUAUAAGGGAUCUCACAAAAAAAAACUCUUCUCCUGUACAAAAAAGACUUCAUUGUAGAUUCUUUUUUAUAAAUUAAUCUUAAUAUUUUUUUUUGUAUAAAAUAAGCCAUUUAAUUUUGCAAAAAGGAGUGUUUUUUUGAGGAUUCUUUCGAGAGAUUUUGAGGAUUUGCACGUUUAAUUCUCAGAGCGAGGAAGUCCUUAAAAAGGAUUGAAAUUCAAGUCUCGGGGAGAAUUAAAAUAUUCACGAAAAUUCAUUAAAUAUUCGGAAUAUUUGAAAAAUUGUUUUUCAAUAAAGUUUUCUCAUAAUUAUCCGGAAUAAUUAUCAAACAUUUUCAUUUAUUUCUUUUAAAGUAAAAUAUUGAAUAAUAUGAGACAACUCAAUAUUUAAUUUUUUGACUAAACAGAAAAGUUAAAAAAAAUUAUUUUCAAACUGUUAUGAUUUCUUGGGCAAAAGAAAGCGAAUUUAAAAAGUUUUUCAACUGAAAAAUAAAAGGAAAAUCUAGUCGAAACAAAAGCACAUUGAAAAGAAUCUAAUUAGAAUAUUUUUUCUUUGUUUGAAUUGUUUGCAAAAAAAAAUCUUUUUGAAUUUUUUCUUGAAGAAAAUCUUUAACAUAAAAAACAUGUUUUAUCAAAAAAGCAAAAGAUUAAGAAAAUAAUUCUCAGAAUAUUCUCGAGGAGUUCCUUAAAAAACUUUUUGCAAAAUAAAAAAAAAAUUAUUGUUUAUCAGAUUCUUCGUAAAAAAAAGCGAAGAUUUCUUUUUCAAAAUUAUUGUCACAAAAAAUUUUCUUUUUAGUAAAUUAAAAUUAUUAAUUUAAAGAUUAAGAUGAAAAUCAAUGCAUGUGGUUAAGAAAGAAGAAAAAAAAAAGCCAAAAAUUUAUUAUCAAUUUGUCAACUAAUAACGAACUUAUUGGCCAUAUAAUUAAUUCAUGUUCUGUGUGUUUUUUUUUGUAAUAAUAAAAACAAAGAAAUUAUUAAAUAAUUUUUAUAUUUUUUGUAACUACCUGUAAUUUUUUUUGUCACUGUAAUUUAAUUAUUUUUGAUGCCUAUUUUGCGCUAUUUAUUCGUGGUAAUUAUAAAUGAUGUUUUUGAUAAAUUAAAGUGAAGCAAAAUGAAACUUAUUUAAUAUUUAGAAAUCAUUUUUAAGCAAUUUCUCAAUGCCAUAACUAAUUAAAGAAAAAAAGAAAAGAAUAUUAAGUGAGAAAAAAUGAGAUUGCAAAAGGAAUCGAUUAGAUCAAAAAGAAAAAAAUAUUUAAUUCAAUGAAAAAUUAAUACUCAAAACCCAAGAAAGGAAAGAAAAUUACCUAAAGAAAAAUAGAAAAAGGACUUUUAAAAAAUUAUUAGAAAGAAAAAAAAGAAGAAAUUAAGGCCAUUGUCCUUUUUCCCGUAGUCAAUCAAAUUCUAAAGAAUUCCAAACAACUAAAUGAGAAUAAAUUAAGAAAAGAAAAAAACUUGUGUACUGGACUUUAAAAAGAAAUGUUGUAAAGUGUAAGAUUUGUGAAGGAAGAAAAAGAAAUUAUAGAAGCAGAAAAAUAAUGAAUAAUAGCGACAGAUUAGGAAGAACGUAGUUUUUAAGGAAGAAAAGAAAAUUAAUUAUUGAAUGUCAUAAACAAAGCAUAAAAAUGAGCAUAGAAGUUAUAUCUAUUUAGGGAUGGGAUUUAAUUUUAUUUUUUGCGGGAAAAAUAGUCAUUUUUACCACUAUUUUAAAAAACAUAGACUGUUAAAAAAAAUUGAGGGAAGAACUUUGAAAAAUAAAAAAAAAUCUUGUUUUGUGGGAACAUUUCCAUAAUAGUUUGAUAGAAAUGCAAAAAAUAAAUGAAAAAAAAAGAAAGCAACAGAUGAUGGGAAAUAAAAGAGAAUAUUUUGUGAAUGAAAAUGAAGAAAAAAACUUAAUAAAGUAUUUGAAAAAGAAGAAGAAGAAAAAACUAUUAAUAUAUUCAAUAAAUUUUAAGGAUGUAAUAAACUUCAAAAAAAAAUCAAGAAAUUAUGAUGAAAAAAGCAUAGAAAACAAACUGAAAUACAGUAAACAAUUUUUAUUGAUAUAAAUUAUAUAUAUAUUAUAUUAUAACAAAAAAAAAAGAAUUAAAAGAUUGAGAAAGUGAAAUGAAAAAAAAGGAAUAUAUAGUGCUAGAAUUUAAUUAAUAGACUAUAUUAUAUAUUUCUGAUGAAGAGAGAAAAUAGGAUAUUUAAAAGAUGAGAGAAAAAUGAAGAUAAAAAAAAGUAAUAAUGAAUGAAAUAAUGUUUGAAGAUAUUUAAAAAUAAAAAUAUUAUAUAUUGAAAAAAUAAAAAAAAACAUACCAAGAAUAGAAAUGAAAAAAAGACAUGAAAGACCAUUCCGAUUUAUCUUUCUUUUUUUUAAUUUUUGUGAAAUGAAAAAUAUUUUUAUUUUUUCUUUACAAAUUCCCUGUAAAUUCUUUUCCAUUGUUUUUUUUUUGUAAA